AAAUCUUGAAGUAAAUCGACAACUUUUCCACAUUUUAAACAAAAUAUUAGCUUAAUUUAAAUAAAUACACCGUUAGUUGAAUGUUUGUUUGCCGCGCUCUCUCUUGAAAUUAGCGUUACGGUCUAAAACCACAGCAUCGUAGAAGAUCAUAGCCGCACUGAAAAUAAAACAGCCCUACCUUAUCUUCCGCUUGAUCCUCUUUAGUUUUUGGUUCUUCCCUUUUUUCUUUUUUAUUAACACCAUUUCUUUUUGUCGGAGCUUUUUUUGAAGGGGACACAUCCAUGCCUCCUCACCCCACACCCCCAAAAGGGACUACGCCGCACUCUUUCCGCUUCCGGUUGCUGCACAACCUCGAUAUUUGUCUCUCUCGUGGCAAAGGAGAGAGAGAGAGAGAGAGCUUGGUUGCUUCAGUUUAUCCGCGAUUUCGCGUCCAAUCAAGGGCAGAAGUGUUACUUUCAAUUUUUUUUUUAAGAAAUUCAACAGUAGUCAUAUUUUUUUUUUCCAUCCAAGGUAGAAGAACGGCCUGUCAGAUAUGAAUAAUUGUAAGUUUACUACACUACACAUUACGGCACAGUUUUGUCCACAAGUUUGUCUACAGGUUCUGGAUGGACUAACUUUCAAUCUUUCGUAAUUUUUCCAGUCCCUCUCAUCCCCUCUAGAUUUUGUUACCUGUCUGUAACCUUUCCUCGAAACACGUGGGUCAGUGGUUUUAUGUCUACUUCAUGUACUCUGCGCAAACUGUCACGUAUUGUGGAGGUUUGAAAAGGAGAAAACAAAAAUGUCAUCCUAUAAACUUAGAAGUGUUCUGCGUGGUCAUGAACUAGACGUAAGAGCAGUUUGUCCUGCAGUUUUUCCUGAAGGAGGAAUCUUAACAGCUUCACGAGAUAGGACUGCUCGUCUUUGGGUUCCUAGUGAAGGAACCCUUGACUUUGAAGAGCGCCAUGUUCUCAGUGGACACAAUAACUUCAUUUCUGCCGUAUGCACAAUUCCUCCGACAGACAAAUAUCCACAUGGUCUUGUAGUGACUGGUGGGCAUGACAAUGUUAUUCUUGUUUGGACACUGGAUUCUCUUGAGCCUCUCCACAGACUGGAGGGUCAUACUGGAGCUGUCUGUAGUUUAAUAGCUGGAAAAUUUGGAACACUCCUUUCAGGAUCUUGGGACAAGUAAGCCAGCCAUGUUCUCUAUAUCAAACAUGCCAGUUCUCAUUAAUCAUAUUUGACAUUUUCACUUUUUUGCUUCUUGGGAGAAUAUGUUGUUUACUUGUUAUAUUCUAUUGAUUCAUUCUCCACUUUCGGA